AUGCCCAAGUCAAAAAGAGAGAAGAAAGUUUCAUUAACUCAAACAAGAAAGAAAGGAUUGGAAUUUAAACAGAAGAUUAUUGAAGAUGUCCGAGAUUGUGUCGAUAAAUAUGCCAGAAUUUUCACAUUUUCGGUUCAGAAUAUGAGAAAUGUUCAACUGAAAACGAUUCGACAAGAUUGGAAACACGGCAGAUUUUUCUUUGGUAAAAAUAGUUUGAUGGCAGUAGCUGUAGGGAAAACAGAAUCUGAUGAAUAUAAAGACAAUUUAAGAUUUUUAGCUCAGCAGUUGAAAGGACAAACUGGUUUACUUUUCACUAACGAAACCAAGAAAAAUGUCUUAAAGUAUUUUGAUGAAUUCCGAGUUCCUGAUUUUGCACGAUCUGGUAACCAGGCAACACAAACUGUGAUAUUAGAGAAAGGACCGAUUCCAGAUUUAUCUCAUGCCAUGGAACCACAGUUAAGACAGCUUGGUCUUCCUACUAGUCUUCAGAGAGGUGUGAUAACUCUAUUGAGAGAUUUUACAGUAUGUGAGGCAGGUCAGACAAUUACACCCGAACAGUCUAGAAUAUUGAAAUUAUUUGGUCACAUGAUGGUUGAUUUUCACGUAACAAUUGAAGGAAUGUGGUCGAAUAAUGGAAAAUGGCAGGUGUUUGACGAGAGACCAGAUCCUCUCGUUCCUACCAAAAUUACUGUCAAAGGUACUCCUGAAUUCAAUGUUGGCGCAAGUGAGGGUACAGGGGGUGGGGGGCCCUUAAUUGUACCCUCUCUUUCCUUUUAA